AUGGCGGAAAGUGCUACGUUGACCCCUCCGGUGGUCACGCUGUUGAAGACGACGGGCGAUGUGGGUACAAAAGACAAAAACGCAAUGAUGAGAUCUAUCAGCAUGGAUAUCCGGGAAGAGAGGGAAGAUCUCAGGAAGGCGGCAGAACAAUCCCUUAACGCUAUACUGGAGUUGGAUUUGGAAGGUCGGGCUCGCUGGGUGAGCCCGUCAUGGCAACAAUUGACCGGGGUGCCUAGCAGCGAAGUCAUUGGCUGCCCGAUCACAGAUAUCCUGACGGAUAAUCCCACAGUCUUCGCUGACUGUGUGGAGGCUAUGCGUAAGGAUGAUUCCAAAAGCCACUUCAUACGAUUCUUCACGACAGUGCGAAACCAAUUGUCGUGCAAACUUGAGCAGUCUGAUCACCAGGCUGCGGAUGGAGGUCGAAAGGACGUGGCCAAUGAUGAGCAAAAGAUCGAACUGGAGGCGCAGGGCAUCAUGGUUUACGAUCGCACUACUGGCGAGGAGAGUCACACAAUGUGGAUGGUCAAACCAUGGGUUGCUCACGAAAUCACGAUUGAUCUGCCUCAGGUGCUCGUCGACUCGCUCGGAAUCGGUGCCGAAAUGCUCGCCAACUACUUGACAUGGCUCGCGGAUGCUGGCGCUCAUGAUCCUGGAAACCAUCCGCCACCGCUGCCAGUUUUGUGUCGUAUCUGUGAGCGCCAAAUCACUCCCUGGUGGUUUGAGAAGCAUACCGAGCUCUGUUCGCAGGAAUAUCGAGCUGAAAUGGAGGUUCAGAUGGCACACGAAUCUCUGAAUGAGCAGCGGGCGGCUCUAGUCAAGGUCUUGGACGCGCUCGAAGCACAGUCACGCUUAGCAAAGCCCACUUCUGCUGAUGCCGGCUCUCUGACCUCGGCUCCUAAAGCCGAGUACAAAGGCUUAACCAUCGGUCCCGUCUCGACGCCAUCAUCAAACCCUUCGUCCGGUCGCGCAUCUCCUUCACAUGUCCCAGCACGCUCCCGCGAAUCCUCCUCAAGCGGUCUCAGUCAUCAUCGGGCGCGAUCAUUCGCUGUCAGGAGACCACUGGGCCGCAUUGUCGAGCUGGUCCUUGACCUCUGUGAUACUGCCAUGGAGAUUAGCACCCCCUCAAUCAAAGACACUAAAUCGUAUGCUCCCGGGGAAUUACGAACGCAAUCGCCACAAUCAGAAGGCCGCAUCCAGCAGGUGCUGCAAUGGCAAUCUCCAAGCGCGGGCUCGUUGGAGAAUGAGCAAGGGCUGGCCCUGCUCUGCGACGACACUUCGCAACUCGCCAAAUCCAAGGUGGAAGCCGUGUUUCGCCAUCGGCGCAUCCUGGAAUAUGCCGAACGCAUCCGUGUGGAAUAUGACAUUCUUGUACAGGAAUGCAUCGAAGCUGCACUGCAGAAGGCCGCGAGAAUCGCGGCCGGUGAGCUCAGCGAUUCUAGUUCGGAUGGAGAGCCAGCACAGUAUCCAAUGGAUGAAGACGUUGUAGUGACGCCUUCGGAAUCAGGGCGCGAGCCCGUAGAACACAUGCCACCGGACGAUUUCCUAUCGCUAACCAAUCACCGGUCUCCUCCAAGUGGCCCGUCGUCGAUGGCAAUGGCACUACGCGACCCUGCAGAAUUCUCGGCGCGUCAACGACAGUCUUCUGUUGAGUCUUCGAGAGCGAGCAGUCCCAGGGGAGCUACGACUCCGAAAUCAUACACUGCGUCGUUCGAGCCUUUUCCAUUUCACAAGCGGGGAUCACUGGCAUUCGAAAGUGAUGCGGGCGCCGAAAGUGAUACCAGCAUCCGCUCUUCCGCAGCCAGCGGCAGCAAUCGCCGAGCCGAUUCGCCGGGCACAGAUCUCAACCUCAAUCGUGUCGCCAGCACGCGUUCGCGUGAAAGGAAACGUCACAGCCUAGUUCUUCCGAGUCUUACCAACACCGGCCGUCAUCAAUCCCCAGGUAGAGGAUCUGUUCCGCCAUCAUCACCGCUCCGUAUGGCCAAACCUAGACUACCGAGCGGCAGCGAAGCCAUCCAGUCGCCCAUCACUUCGCCAGUGUUGACUAGCGAGUUUACUUCACCAGUAAUCAGAGCUCAGCAUACGUCCAACCACCAUCGACGACAGUCUUCCACAGCUCUGGCAGAGGCUAUGGGUCGCCCGGCGUCUCCUCGGCUGACCGCUGUAGUGUCCAAUCCCCAACCGCGUGCGGUGCAGACGUCCAUUAAGGAUUUUGAGAUUAUCAAGCCAAUCAGCAAGGGCGCCUUUGGAAGUGUUUACCUUUCCAAGAAGAAGUCUACUGGCGAUUACUUCGCCAUCAAAGUCCUGAAAAAGGCGGACAUGGUUGCCAAGAACCAAGUCACAAACGUCAAAGCUGAACGUGCAAUCAUGAUGUGGCAGGGCGAAAGUGACUUUGUUGCAAAGUUGUACUGGACAUUCUCCAGCAAGGACUACCUCUAUCUCGUGAUGGAAUAUCUUAAUGGUGGCGAUUGUGCUUCCUUGAUCAAAGUGCUUGGAGCGUUGCCAGAGGAUUGGACUCAAAAGUACAUCGCCGAGGUAGUGCUCUGUGUACAGCAUCUGCACAGCCGGCAGAUCGUCCAUCGCGAUCUCAAACCUGAUAACUUACUCAUUGACGCACGAGGACAUCUGAAGCUCACAGAUUUUGGUCUGUCUCGAAUGGGAUUGAUCGGCCGUCAAAAGCGAGCGAUCAACGCGAAGCCGGGAGAUGCGCCUCCCGAUCUUCUGAAGGCAGGCCCGUUCCGUAGAGCACCCUCCGUCACAUCUUCCCGAUCCACGUCAUUUGAUUUCCAAGGCGUCAACCAUUCCCCGGGGCAAACACCAGCUUUAACACCAGCUUACGCUAGUGGUGAGCUUUCGAAUCCUUCCUACUUCAGCCUGUACCGGGAGACCUCGCGUGAUCCUUCAAGACGCACUUCCGGUCAUCGUAGCGACAGCGGUGAUAGUGAAGCACUUUCUGGCGCCUUCCGGCGGUUCUCCAUGGCCGAUGGCCGCACACCUAUCGAGGAAGAAACGGCCAGUGAGGAGGGGGCUGAAUCUCCCGAUCCGUAUGCUCUCCAGCCGGUUGCAAGCAACAUCAGCAUUCCCAAGACAGAUACUCCUCCGCAAACCUCGGCAGCAAUGCCACCUCCCAUGAUGGCUUUGUUCGACCCAGAAGACAGUAACAGACGGUUUGUCGGCACGCCAGAUUAUCUUGCUCCAGAGACUAUCAAUGGUGCCGGCCAGGAUGAAAUGAGUGAUUGGUGGUCACUAGGCUGCAUUCUGUUCGAAUGUCUGUACGGCAGACCUCCUUUCAAUGCCGACACGCCCGACGAAGUGUUCAAGAACAUUCUUGGUAGAAAAAUACAAUGGCCGCUUGAUGAAGAUGACGACAUGGUCUCGGAAGAAGCUAAAGAUCUGGUGCUGAAGUUGAUGUGUCUAGAUCCGAAGAAGCGCUUGGGUUCGAACAAGGACGACGAAUAUGCCAACGGCGGUGAUGAAAUCAAGGCUCAUCCCUGGUUCGCUGGGAUUAAUUGGGAGACUCUUCGAGAGGAUGAGGCCUCAUUCAUUCCCAUGAGCGAGAAUCCCGAAGAUACGGAGUAUUUUGAUGCUCGCGGUGCCACGAUGCAGAACUUCGCUGCCGAGUUUGAAGACCAGCAAUCAUCACCAGCGCCCACACCUGGUGCCGAUUACCCUGAUCGCCCACAUGAUGCGUUGUCCAGAGUUAGAAGCCAAGUCAAUGCAGUCAAGCGAAACCUGAUGCCGCUACACAUCCCGCCACAUGUCCGAGACUCUCGAUCACGCCGACUCAGCGAGCCGGUAGCCUCCGACGAUUUCGGAAACUUCCAAUUCAAAAAUUUGCCUGUCCUAGAGAAGGCAAAUAAAGACGUGAUUCUCAAGCUACGGGCUGACGCGCUAUCCGCGCACUCGAAAACGUCAAUGUCUCCGCCAUCAUCAUCAGCAUCGCCAUCGGCUUUGCCUUCGCUGGAGUCAAGUCCCGUGGUUCCAGGUCCGCUUCAACGCACACUGUCCUCUGCUAAGAAUGUUAAACGAGCGCAGUCCCCCGCAAUGCUGAGUCAAGCUAGCGCCUCGCCCAACAGGGGCUCACAGCCCUCCUCUCCACUGCUGGUCUCAUUCAGCACGGGUAAUGGUCAAGAACGUCGCAAGACAUCCAGCGGCUCUUCAGCUUUGGCACAGCAAGCGACUAGUGCGGCGCAGCCUGGUCACUUGUUUGAUCACAACUCACGACUUUCGAGGGGUCUCAAAGCCCCUAUCGGUGCUUCAUCGCUGAGUACGCCUGGCAAGGGAGGCCCAGGGUCGGCGCCACUACAGAGAGAAAGAGCCACGUCGACCAAUCGACAAACCAACGUCUCUUCGCCACGACAACGUUCGCACACUUUGGGAACUCAAGAGCUUGACGCCGAUGUCGUACCUGAAAUGCUCCCUUCGCAUCAUCACAAGCGUCUCAGCGGUGUCUUUGACGUUUCACCGUCAUCUUCGGACACUGAAGACACUCGCCACCAGGCGUUCCUGCGAGUCCAGCGUCGUCGACAGAGUUCCCGCAGAUUGUCGCAAGUCAACGUUGGCGACGGUCCCAUAUACCGAACGUUGGACGUGCUCGUGUGUGAAGACCACCCGGUAUCGCGUCUCGUAAUGGAGCGCCUUCUAGAAAAGCUGCGAUGCCGCACCAUCUCGGUGUCUAACGGUUCCGAAGCGAUGCGUUACGCCAUGAGCGAGGUGAAAUUCGAUGUCAUCAUGAUGGAGUAUAAGCUACCUCAAGUCAAUGGCGCUGACGUCGCGCGCAUGAUCCGUGACACCAAGAACGCCAAUUCUCAUACCCCCAUUGUUGCCGUGACUGGAUACCUCAAAGAGCUACAAGCGCCACAUUACUUUGACGCUUUGGUCGAGAAACCCCCGACGAGGGAGAAGCUCGAAGAAAUUCUCGGACGUCUGUGUCAAUGGAAGUCGGCUCCAGAAGGCUGGACGCCAACGCAGCCGCAGCCCGUCCCUCCUUCAAAUCUUCGGCAGGAGUCGGUGCCCACGGAUGACAGUCCUACGACAACGACGUCCUCCGGUUUUGGAGGGUAUGGCCCCGUCUUCUCCAGCCACCGUGGGUCUAGCAGGGAGGACUCAAUCGGAUCUUCCUCAUUCGGUGAGACUGACUGUCAUUUCGACAGCAUCCCCGUCAUCAUCAGCCAGCAGUCCACAGGUGACUGGGAUCAAAGCGAUCUCGAGCGCAACUUCGGAGGAUUGGGCAUCACCGAUCACGACAACAAUCGCGCCAAACCAAACUCUUACCACAUGCACCAAGCCUCUGCUCCAGCCAUCCUCGCAAGCAUCGAGACCCCCGCGCCAGCGCCGCACACGCCCCGCAAACAACCAUCAAUGGAAGCCAUCCAGGCCAAACGUCGCUCGCUGGAGAAGGUCCGACAGGAAUCCGCCGCCGAAUCCGGCGAUGACGAGGACGAAGAACUCGGCAACAUCCAAGUCCGCCAGCGAUCGCCCAGCAAACGCAAUGCCGGCAAACGCACGUCCAAGCUCGGCACCGAGAUGAUGCGCACCAACAGCCAGGGCAGCGUCGUCUCAAGCGAGGAUCUCCUCUCGCCCAACGCUGCCAUUGCGCGGAGCCCGCGUGCCGCUCCUGCCAGUCCCAUCGUCGACGACCAUCUCCAUCCCGGCGACGCGGUCCCCAGCGGCGGACUCACUCCACCGGAGAUUUUCCCGCGGAAGCCCGGUCACCAUGCCGAGAUCAUAGAUAUGGACGCCGCGGAGCCGAGUUCGAGUCGUGAGAACGAGAGCACGCCCAAAGCAGCGCAUGUCGCUGUCGAUCUGGAUUCCGAUCCUACUCCGAAGGCGCAUCCGUCGUGA